AUGGUCCUCCUAAUAUACGAUUCAGUCAGUGUUUUUGUACCAAAUUCGGCUUGCAGUUGUCGUCCAACAAUAACAGGCGAGUCAAAUUUUGCUAUUAAUAAAACUAUUUUAAUUCUAAUGUGUCCGACAAAAUCCUACCCCUUACUUCCUCGCAGUGUCGGAUGCAAACGUCGUUCUCGACGGCCAAAAUGGGCUCUGCUAGCAAACAUUCCAUGCGAAUCUGAGCCUAUGAUAAGGCAGUCUCCUGCCUUUGAAAAAGCAGCGGCGAGUCGUUCAAAACCAAAAAACUCCAAAAACCAAAAAAUUCUACAUAAAACCAUCACAAUAUCUACCUACAACGUACGCACACUCAAGCAAACUGGGAAACUUCACCAACUUAUAUAUGGAUGCAACCAAAAUAACAUAGAUUUGGUAGCGGUUCAAGAACAUCGUUGGCAAACUUCAGAACAAACAAACAGAACCUAUCAAACACUGAACGACAAAUACUGGCGCUUUGAAUACUGCUCUGCAACGCCAGAAGGUCAUGGAGGCAUUGGAUUACUGAUGAAUCCUAGAAUGGGCAACCCAGCAAUGACCGUUAUCGUUACCUAUGCACCUACGGAAGACAAAAACGAACGGGAAAAGAUACCUUCUACGACGACUUACAAAGAUUGGGAUCCGAUAGCCAUACAACAAAUCCACGAGCAAUUGGCAAGUACACUUACCACCAAUCUACUUACGACAACGGCAACAGACUCGUCAACUAUUGCAAAGCCUGUAACAUGCGCUCAACACAAACCCGCUUCCCGCAACCACAAUCAAGAUCAUGGACCUGGUUACAUCCAAAUGGCAAAUCCAAAGCUCAACUUGAUCAUAUCCUCAUCAAUGGAAAAUGGUUGA